GUUCAUGGGCCUUGAUGUCAUGGAGUGGGCAACAUGUCCCGAGUUAGGAGGCCCUCUCCCGAAUACCCGAAAUGGUAUCUAUGAUUGGGUCUCAGGAAGAGGCCAGAAGAAGGCUCCACUCGCAACAACCACCAGAAAAGAAAAAUCGUUGAAGAUCCGAUGGAGCCUUGCGUAAUUUGACAGUCACUGGCAGUCACUGACGGUCACUGGGAGAAACGACGGAGUGCCGGUUUCCAACUCUUCCUUCGGGGUUUAUCUACCCCCCUGUAUGCAGUUCAGCAUCUCCAGCUGCAACCGCCCUCAGUCCCAUCGGCAGCAAUGGCAGAUAGGGAGCCCACACGCCCCAGGGCAAGAUCUGAAGCCACCCGAGUUCGAGACGAAGAUGCAACGCUGGCACGUAAUACAUCGACUCGAAGUGCUCGGGCCGCCGCAGGUGCAUAUGAGUAUUCCUCGCCCACCCGGCAGGCUGUCGCGGCCGACAGCGAAGGCCUGCAACGACGCAGCACCGGUCUCUCGAGACGAAGCCACAGCGGCGGCAUUCCCAGCUUGACGGGUCGAACGAGUCUCGCGGAGCGAACCCAGGGGAAUUUCACGCUGGCCGGUCCCGAAGGCACCGCUCAGUUGCGGCUGGCGCAGGAGCCCUUCGUACAUCCCGGAUAUGCCGAGUUGAAUCCCUCGUAUGAACAAGCUGCCAACGCGCGCCCCGUAUGGAGUUUGGCAAAGCCCUUGCCCCGCGUGGUGCGGCCGGGCAUGGUGCCAACCAAGGAAGAGUUGCUCCAGAGCCGCGCGAAUGCGCAGAUCCCCGCCGAGCAGUCGCAGAAGAUGGGGUUGGAUGUAGACCCCAAUGAGCUGGAGGAGGGACGCAUCGAAAAGUCAGCCGAUCCGCGCAAGAUGGCCGCACAGGUCCAAGACGCCCGCGUGCAGCGCGAGAACAACUUCCUCAAUAAGAUUCUAACAGGGGAUGUGACGCCCGCGCGCUUGUCUCGCACGUCGUCCGGUCGUGUGAGACGCCGCUCGACUGUCGGCGGCGCAGCACCCCCCGAACUAACCACUGUCCAGGAAAGCGGGCGCCCAUCCGAUCCAACCGAAGAGCGUAUCGGUCUGCCGCCUCCCCUCGAGCAUUUAAGUGAUGAGCCCCUGCAGCCCGUGCCCGAGGAGCCCUCAGAGCCCGAUACCGCCGUGCUCGGGGACCGUCUAGACGCCUUCCCUGAGUUCCCCGACGCCACGUACCCAGAGGACCUGCAUCCCCUGGUGCAGGACCUCGUCGAGGACGAGAUACACAACAACCACACGACCUGGUCGGUCAUCCGUACCCACCACCGCGAAGCCCUAGCCGAAUCGCUCGGGGUCUACGUCCAGCUGACCAUCGGCUUCUGCGCGGAUCUCAGCGUGACCCUAGCCAACUCCGGGAACCCCAAUACCACCGGGUGGGCCUGGGGGCUGGCGACGAUGAUGGGCAUCUACAUCUCCGGUGGUGUGUCCGGCGCGCACCUCAACCCGGCCGUGACCUGCAUGCUCUGGUUCUUUCGUGGCUUCCCGAAACGCAAGAUGCCCGAGUACUUCGCGGCGCAGUUCCUGGGGGCCUUCAUCGCGGGACUCACGGCCUACGGACUUUACUACGAUUCCAUCCAGCAGUACCUGAAUUUCACCGCCAACGCUUCCAAAACCGAUGUCAUCAACUGCUUCGUCACCAGCCAACGCAACGCCUGGAUCACCCCGGCCACGGCCUUCUUCAACGAGUUCGUAGGCACUCUCCUGCUCGCGGUCACCAUCCUCGCCCUCGGUGACGACCAAAACGCCCCGCCCGGCGCGGGCAUGAACGCCCUGAUCGUCGGGCUCGUCAUCUACUGUCUGAUCAUCACCUUCGCGUACCAGACCGGCGCGGCCUUCAACCCCAGCCGAGACUUUGGUCCGCGCCUGGCCCUCCUCGCCCUCGGGUACGGCGGCGAACUCUUCCGGAACCCAUACUGGUUUUACGGGCCGUGGGCCGGAACCGUGAGCGGUGCGUUUGUCGGUGGGUUUCUGUACGACUUCCUCAUCUUCACCGGGGGAGAAUCGCCGGUCAAUUACCCGUUGGAGAGGACCCGGCGCGCGAUGCGGAAGAGCCGUAUGAAGUGGCGGCGGAGGUUGCAUCUUGCGAAGAAAGAGGUAGAGAAGCCUCUUGCAUAAUAAUGGAAGUGGAUACUGCUGGCGUAAGAUUGUUGUUUUCGGGGGGGGGGGACCUUUACAUAAAGAGAGAUUCUGUAUUUAAUUCGAUUUACCUUUACAUAUGUGUAUAUAUAUAUAUAACAGUUGCAUAGCCUCGAAUGUUUUCAACGUACACGGGUGUGAAUAUCAAUCUCGG